AGAAGAGGCGUCAUUUGGUGAAAACACAGGAGUACUGAGCUGCUAUCGAUCACACGUAACACGGAGAAGGCAACAGGCACUGGGCUGCACACCAAACAUUUUUCAUACUGCAGUGAAAUGAGGGUAAAAUGGGAGCCAAAGAGUCAAGGAUAGGCUUCCUUUCUUACGACGAGGCCGUCAAAAGAGUCACGGAUGUGGAGCUCAAACGUCUGAAGGAUGCCUUCAAGAGGACCAGCGGCGUGUCCUACUACAUGACCCAGCAGUGCUUCUACAGGGAAGUGCUGGGAGAUGGGGUCCCACCCAAGGUGGCAGAGGUGAUCUACACCUCAUUCGGUGGCACCUCCAAAGGGCUCCACUUCAACAACCUCAUCGUUGGGCUGGUCCUGCUCACUCGAGGCCGAGAUGAGGAGAAAGCCAAAUACAUCUUCAGCCUGUUUGCCAGCGAGUCGGGCAGCCACAUCACACGGGACGAUGUGGAGAGCAUGCUGCGCGCUGUGGACGGCCAAGUCCCGCCUUCGCUCAGGAAGUGCUUCGCAGAGGGAGAGAAAGUCCAUUACGAGCGCUUCAGGAACUGGCUGCUCCAGAACAAAGAGGCUUUCACCUUCUCACGCUGGCUACUGUCCGCAGGCGUAUGCGUCACCCUGACCGACGACAGCGACACACCCACCUUCUACCAGACCCUGGCCGGGGUCACACACUACCUGCUCUUCCUGCGGCAGCAGCCGGCCACACGCACCCCCCAGUCCAACAUCUGGGUGAACAUGGGUAACGUGCCGUCCCCUAAUGCCCCCCUGAAGCGGGUGCUGGCCUACACAGGCUGCUUCAGCCGGAUGGGCACCAUCAAGGACAUCCACGAGUACCUGUCUCAGCGGCUGCGCAUCAAGGAACAGCGAGGUGCGGUCCUUCUGCUGCCUGGACAACAGAAUUACCUCACCCUCUUGGACGACGAGGAUCACACACUAGAGAGUCUGAAGAUUCCAGACGAGCAGCACUUAGUAAUUGAAGUUCGAAACAAAGAUAUGAGCUGGCCUGAGGAAAUGUCGUUCAUCGCCAACAGCAGUAAAAUCGACCGUCACAAAGUCCCCACAGAGAAGGGUGCCACGGGCCUGAGUAACCUGGGCAACACAUGCCUCAUGAACUCCAGCAUCCAGUGUGUGAGCAACACCAAGCCCCUCACGGACUACUUCAUCUCAGGGAGGCACCUCUACGAGCUCAACAGGACCAAUCCCAUUGGAAUGCGCGGUCACAUGGCCAAGUGCUAUGGGGAUUUGGUGCAGGAGCUGUGGAGUGGAACACAGAAGAAUGUGGCGCCCCUAAAGCUCAGGUGGACGAUAGCUAAGUACGCUCCACGAUUCAACGGCUUUCAACAGCAGGACUCCCAAGAGCUGCUGGCCUUCCUGCUGGACGCUCACGAGGACCUGAACCGCGUCCACGAGAAGCCCUACGUGGAGCUCAAGGACAGCGACAUGCGGCCCGACUGCGAGGUGGCCACAGAGGCGUGGGAUAACCAUCUGAGGAGGAACCGCUCCAUCGUGGUGGACUUGUUCCAUGGUCAGCUCAAGUCCCAGGUCAAGUGUAAGACGUGCGGCCACAUCAGCGCCCGAUUCGAUCCCUUCAACUUCCUGUCCCUACCUUUGCCUAUGGACAGCUCCAUGCACUUAGAGAUCACAGCGAUCAAGCUGGACGGCUCGACGCCCGUGCGAUACGGCCUGCGUCUCAACAUGGACGAGAAGUACACGGGCCUGAAGAAGCAGCUGAGCGAGCUGUGCGGACUCAAGCCAGAACAGAUCCUGCUGGCCGAGGUCCACAACUCCAACAUCAGGAACUUUCCACAGGACAAUCAGAAGGUGCGCUUGUCUGUGAACGGCUUCCUCUGUGCAUUUGAGAUCCCGGUACCGGGAUCACCUACCUCUGUCACCUCCCCAACACAAUCAGAAAGCACACCCACGGCCAAUGGGACAGCAGCCAACGGUCACAUUGGGAAACCCAGCCUGAUCCCCAACGGAAUACCAAGCACGGUGGUGCCAUGCUCCCCGGAGAAACCCCUUGCCAAUGGCAUUCCCAAUGGACACGCCGUGCCAGUCCAGGACAGCCCCUUCAUCGGUUACAUCAUCGCUAUGCACAGGAAGAUGAUGCGGACGGAGUUGUACUUCCUGUCCUCUCAGAAGAACCGGCCCAGUCUGUUCGGCAUGCCGCUGAUCGUGCCCUGCACGGUGCACACCAGCAAGAAGGACCUGUACGACGCCGUGUGGAUUCAGGUCUCCCGGCUGGCCAGCCCACUGCCCCCACAGGAGGCCAGCAACCACGCACAGGACUGUGAUGACAGCAUGGGCUACCAGUACCCCUUCACCCUGCGCGUGGUGCAGAAGGAUGGCAACUCCUGUGCCUGGUGCCCCUGGUACAGGUUCUGCCGAGGCUGCAUGGUGGACUGCUGCGAGGACAGGGCCUCCCUGGGGAACGCCUACAUCGCCGUGGACUGGGACCCCACCGCCUUGCACCUCCGCUACCAGACCUCCCAGGAGAGGAUAGUGGAGGAGCACUCCAGCGUGGAGCAGAGUCGGAGGGCCCAGGCCGAGCCCAUCAGCCUGGACAGCUGUCUGCGGGCCUUCACCAGCGAGGAGGAGCUGGGCGAGGACGAGCUCUACUACUGCUCCAAGUGCAAGACCCACCGGCUGGCCACCAAGAAGCUGGACCUCUGGAGGCUGCCCCCAGUCCUGAUAGUACAUUUGAAACGGUUCCAGUUCGUUAAUGCUCGCUGGAUCAAGUCCCAGAAGAUCGUGAAGUUCCCCAGGGAGGGCUUUGACCCCAGCGCCUUCCUGGCCCCGCGCGACCUGGAGAGGAGCCUGCGGGAGGAGGCCCUGAGGGUGGUGGCAGGGGCUGGAGGCGACGCGCCCUCCUCGGCAGCCAGUGGUACCAUCUGCAGCAUCUCCUCCGUCUCCUCCAGCACCGUCAGCAGCCUGUCCAGCACACCCAAAGCGUCCCCAGCGCUGGCUCGUCGGUCGGGCAGCCCGCUGAAGGGCUCCAGCCCUGCGGGGAGCCCCAAGACCGGUGGCAGUGGCGGCGGGCGUAAGCAGGGCCGCCUGCGCUUGCCCCAGCUGGGCAGCCGCCACCGGCUCUCCACCAGCAAGGAGAAUCUGGACAGCAGCAGCCUGAACGUGACCAGCGGGAGCGCGGGCAGCGCCACCAGCGGCAGCGUCAAGGAGAGCGGGCCCGAGCCGGAUGCCAGCUCCGUGACUGAGGUGGAGGCCUUCGUGCCCCUGGGGCCGGACGCCGUGACGACGACGGCGGCAGGCCAGGAGGAAGGGACGCUGGACUCCUGGUCGGAGGAGGCUUCCGGAAGCGAGAACGACGGGGUCGUGAUGAACGGGCUGGGGACGGACGGCGGCCACGGCAACACCAACGGCCACGCAGAGACCAACGCAGAAGUGGAGACCGCUCUUCACCAAAGAGACCAAAUCUGCCUGCAGCCUGUAUACAAUUUGUAUGCAAUCUCAUGCCAUUCAGGUAUCAUGGGAGGGGGCCACUAUGUGACUUACGCCAAAAACCCCAAUGAGAAAUGGUACUGUUACAACGACAGCAGCUGCAAGGAGGUGCACUCUGGGGAGAUUGACACAGACUCUGCCUACAUCCUCUUCUACGAGCAGCAGGGAGUGGACUACUCGCAGUUUCUGCCAAAGACUGAUGGCAAAAAGAUGGCCGACACCACAAGCAUGGACGAGGACUUUGAGUCGGACUACAAGAAGUACUGCGUCAUUCAGUGAUGUCACGUUCUUCCACAGAAGCACUUUACGCGUGAGACGCAGGCAUAGGCGAGGUGCAAGGCUGGCGAGGAGAGGGGCCGCCGAGUGUCAAGCACAAAGGGUCUCCUUCUUUUAAAGAAUCACAAGCUGAGUUUUUCUUCAUUGCUGACCACCAUGUUGGAUAGAGGUAACUUACAGCUUACUUAGGUGUGCGACUUUGCAGUGUGUCUGACUGACUGAAUGAAUGAGAGAGGAAAUGAAAGAACAAUAUUAUUUUUUAUUGUUGCCAAGUGAACAAAAGCACCCCAUUUUUAGCACGAAAUGGACCAACAUGAGCUCACUGUACUACUCACCAUAAAGCCCACUCCCCCUCCAAAAGAAUGUGUGUGACACCAUACACAUAGAUGUACACACAUCUAUAUGUAUGGUUGUGGGGAAGGAAGCAUGACAUACUUACAGGCCUGAACUGACGUGUCUCUUUAGAAGAAGCCUGCUGUCUGUGCUGUAGGCUGCCAUGGCCCGCCAUGACAAGCACACAAUCAGUAUUUGAAUAUCUGUAAAACUAACAGAAAAAGAGUAUCUCAUUCAGUCAUUGGCCAAACCAAAACAUUUUCCAAAGGUUUGCUUUUUAUCAGAUGUCAUACGUCACUACCUCAGUUUUCUUUUCAUUAUUUCUUUAUGAAGCAAAUUGUAAUAAGAAAAAUGAUCAGCGUGUCAUACCCACCGUAGAAAAUCAGUCACAUUUCUGAAGACUCUUUCUUUUUCUCCUGGGGCCCAUGGGACCAUUAAGCUCCCCAAAUCAUGAUGAAUGAAGAUGAAUUACAGUCAUAGUUUUCAGACUCUUUAACUGCCAAUUCCUCAUUUUGUGCUCAGAUGAACCAUAUUGACUCCUGAGGAGAAUUGAUUUGUGGUUAUUGUGGUUAUAACUUCAGUUUGAAUCUAGUACAGCAUGAGGAUAGGUGCCACAUGGAAUACAUCUCAAUGAAACAACAUAAUGUUAUGUUUAAUUUAUUGCUAUUUUUGUUUAUUUUGGAAUAUUGAUUAUUAGAGUAAUCUAUUUUUAUUUAUGUACUUUUUUAAGCACAGUUUGUUUGUUUGUUAGCAAGGACUUCUUUUUUUUGUUUGUUUGUUUUUUUUUUUCGCUGCAAGGACCGAAGUAAACACAUAUCAGUCUGCUCUGCCAUUUCACUACUAUGUAUAGCUUGGUCAUCUCAUCUCCGCUUAAUAGAAUGUCAACACUUGAUCCGUUUUCCCCUCCCUUCUUCGCGGAAGUCUCUUUGAUGCCACUGACUAAGAUCUGUAGCCAAAUGCACUCAAACCUGCUGUUGCUAGAUAUGGAAGAGGUUUUGUAUUGUCAAGCCAAAGUUUGAUACAAGUUGCCUGGAGAGAUAGGAAUGGCUUGCCCAGAGAUAGGAAGAGACUGGGUCUCACUGGACAUUUGGUAGAUGUUCUAGGAAACCUCAGAGUUUCUUUUUGUAGACCGCGGUUGAUGGAGACCUGUGCCGAAGCGUGGAGAUUGGCGGUAGCAUUUAAUUUGAAACUCUUAAAUCUGCAUCACCACUGUGAAGAGAGAUGUUGAACAACGAAUAGUGAAUGUUUGGUGGUUGUUAUUAUUGUUGUUGUUUUGCUUUCUGUAUAUUGAUGGUUGUAUGAUUCUAUGAAUCUCCUCUGAGGGGAGGGCAUUAAGCCUUACUGAGCUUGUAGAGAUCAAUGUGCCCCCCCCCCCCCCCUCCCCUGACACACACACGCGCGCACACACACACACACACACACACCACACACAGACACGCACCCACACGCAACACACACACACACACACACACACACACACACACACACACACACACACACACACUGAAGUGUUUUUGCUGCUGUAGGCCUACUUGUAGGGGUUUCAAAGUCAGAUGAAAGUGCUAAGCCUGUCAUGAAAAAAAAAUAAGCUUGCAGCCCUGUCUCAAAAUACAAUGUUUGAAAUGAACCAUAACCGCAGUACUGUAACUUAUUGAUGGUCAUGUUAUGGCACAUUUUUUUUUGUAUCCAUGUCCAACUGUUCGGAGAGCGAGAAAUGGUUGUCCAGUAUUUCAAAUCAGCACACAAUUUAAAGGGAGCACCUAGGAAGUCCCUCGGCCUGUCCACAGCUUUCAUAGGAAAGGGGUUUCCACACAUUCAUUCUCAGGCCUGGCCACGAAGAAAGGUUAUUAUGAUGUCACUAGACCUAGCUAGACAGGACACUUACCGUUUAGUUGCUCCUAAAUUUAAAAACACACUGCACAGACAGAUUUUUACCUUCAUUUACACUCAAGAGCACACAUGCAUCAUUUUAAAAACAGGGAUAAUUUAUUAACAGCUUUCUGGCAGAAGUCUGAUCAGUUGACUGGUAGUGCAAUCUACUACUGAAAUGUAUGUCUUUGUCCUGUUUUAUUUUUUGUCUUGAUUUUUUUAAUAGAUUAAGUUUGAUGGGUUGGCAGAGCUUUGCUAUUAAUUUAAUGAAUUUUAUUUUAUAAAGUGUUUUUUUGAAGAAUACAAAUGACAUUGCACUGACAUUUAAAAAAUGUACAUAAAAGUGUUUUGUAAAUAAAUCUAUAAAAAAAUAUGUAUUUGACUAUGAACUGUAAAAACUGUAUCUGUAGUUGUAUAUGAGGUGAAGCUGUUGAUCUGUAACAAUUAUCCAAGACCAAUUAAAUACAGCAGAAGCAAUCAGAAUCACA